CUUCCUUCUAGCGACCUGGUCACACCACAUCACCAGUACACCGUCUACAGUCGUCGUGGUCUCCGAGAGUCCUCUGCUACACCGCUAUGGACGAUCUCUUCGACCUCGACUGGCAGAAAGACUCCUCUGCUUCGUCUGCCUCUUCGGGCAAACAAGCAGCCUCGUCUCGUCCUCAGGCGCAUGUUGCACCCACAGCAGCAGCGUCGAAGCAAUACUCGUCGUACAACUUUGAUGCACUCACCAGAUCUCUCCCUUCGGCCUCUGCCGCACCUUCGCCAACAAUACCGAGAGCAGCUGUCCCAGCUACAACAAAGCCACUUCCUGUAACCAGCGCGGCCGACGAUGCCUUCUCCUCUCUCCUGUCCUCUUUCGGCACACCUUCCUCCGCUUCGAAUGCGAAUGCGUCGAUGGCAGACAGACAAAAAGCGUCGCAAGUUGGUCCAGGUAGCUUGAAUAACAAGACCAGCGAUGCAUGGUCAUCUCACGCAGACUGGGAAUCUCUAGGCCAGUCCGCCUCUCAAGCUCAGCCGCCGAAGCAGACCAGCGCAACCCUCAGCAAGCCAGCAGUCGACCCCUUCGACGCCCUAGACGCUUUCAUUUCAGCACCAGAGUCUUCAAGACCAGUGGGUGGUACACAGAAGCUCGCGUUCCAGCAGCAGCCUCGCCGACAGACGCCGAAGGAUCCCUUCGACUUCUCCUUUGAUGAAGAUCCCGGCGAAGGCCAGAGCAGUGCACUCGGAGGCGCCUCUUCCCCUGCGCCUCCUGCUGUGCAUUCGACCAUCGACGAUGAGAGCGACGACGACUUUCUUGGCGUACUUGGCAAGCCUGUCCAACAGAAACCGACACGUACAACUCACAACGAACGUCCGCGAGCGUCAGUUCAGCGCGCUGCCCCUGCUGCUAGCCCCCGCCCACCUUCGCCGCCGCCUCAUCUUCUAGGUCAGAUCGUAGAGAUGGGUUUCUCACCCUUGGAAGCUCGGAAGGCCCUCGCGCAAACGACCACAGGCCUAGAUGUUGAGGCUGCUCUCGAAUCCCUCCUGAAUGGGGGACGACAAGGGAGCAGAACACAAGAGGACGAGGAUCGCCGCAUGGCACAGCAAUUACAGGGUGAAGACGGCAGAGACAUGGAGAUGGAAGAGUAUGAGGAGAGAGAAAGGCAGCGCCGAGCCGCUCGUAGAGGCAAACAGACCAGAGCAGCUCCCCGCAGAGACGACGGUCUAGCUGUUCCUGCUUCAUCGUCCCCCGCUGGAAGACGCUCGCCUCGCAAUGGCGCCGCUGGUGCAGGAGAGGAAGACUUCGGCUGGCAGAAGCAAGCCGAUCAGAUUUACUCCCAAGCUUCAGAAUUGGGUGCCACGGUCUUCACAAAAGCCAACGCAUUCUGGUCGUCUGCAAAAGCUCAAGCACAAAAGAGCCUCGAAGAACGGCAGCUGGGAUCUGGGGCCAACUCUUCUGGCAGAGCGACUCCUAGCAAUGUUGCGGAGGCUGCAGGAAGCGGACGAGCCAGUCCUGCCAUCGACGGCGGAGUGGCAGCUGCCAAAGCUUGGGCUAGAAGAUGGGGUGCAAACUCACCUAAGCCAUCAGAGCGCAAGGAGUGGGAAGGCAAACCUAGAUGGAUGGUGGAGGCAGAGAUGGCAGAGAAUGAGGCCAAGUCAGGAGACACCAGCCAGGAAGUGGCUCCGCCUAGCAGUGGAGGCGAAGUUUUCAAGGACUCUGAUAAUGAGGACGAGGUCGCCCCUUCUUUCGUUCCUUCGACGAAUCGUCGAAAGGACCCUGGCGAGCCGGCUGCGCGAGCAGAGCCAGUCGCUCAGCAAAGCAAUCUCUGGGACGAUGCUCCGCCCUCAGCUCGUUUCAAAGCCUCAACUGCCGCGGCCAAAGAAGAAGCGGGGCCCAAGGCUUACCUCUCUUCUGCCCGCUGGGCGGCCAGUUCACGUUCUGGUCCAAGCUCAAGCACAGCCCCUCAGCCUGCCGCAAGGAGUGUCCGCGAGACUCCCGUGAUUAACAAGAUUGCCCGAUCACUCUGCCCGGAUGAUACUUCACCUAUGGAUGCCACUGCCGCGUCACUGAAGACGAGAGGCAACGAUGCUUUCAAGCAGGGAGCAUAUGGUGAGGCAGAGGCGGCUUACUCUGCCGCCAUUGAGCGUCUCAGCGAGCAAUCACUGCGCAGAAUUCCUCUUCUCAACAAUCGUUCCAAUGCUCGGCUCAAGAACGGCGAUGCUCCAGCUGCCAGCCGAGAUGCUGGCGCUGUUCUCCAGCUGAUAUGCUCAGGAGGUGAAGCGAUGUUCGAGCCCUCCAAUCUCGAAGCGCUGCCUGCCCCUUUGAGUGGGGAGGUGAACCUACGAGAUGCCUACUCGAAGGCUUUGCUCAGGCGAGCACAAGCUGGCGAGAUGCUGGAGAAGUGGAUCCCAGCUCUGAAGGACUGGACACUGCUCGAGAGGUACGAAAAGGAGCAAGGAAGCGGGGCAGCGAGCGGAUUCAAGAACAUGAAGAGCGCCCAAGACGGUAUCAAGAGGUGCAGAGGAAUGAUGGGUAGUGAUCGCGGUGCUGGAGGCGGUCCAGGAUCGACUGCUAGCGCCAGAAGGGCGACGGCUUCUCGCCAAGCGGCCAAGAGCGCUGCAGUCUCAGCUGUGAGCAAAGCUGAGCAGGCAGGUCGUGAUAGAGUGCGAGCUGCGAAUGCUGCUCAGGCUGCCGAAGAGGCGGCGGCGGACUCGCUGAAGGACUCGAUUGAUGCAAGGGUCAAUGCCUGGAAAGCUGGCAAGGAGACAAACAUCAGGGCUCUUUUGAGUAGCUUGGAAAAUGUAGUGUGGGAGUCACUUGGCUGGAAGAAGGUGGGCAUGCACGAAGUGAUUACCGAUGCUCAAGUCAAGAAGGCAUAUACGCGGGCGAUGAUCAAGUUGCACCCCGACAAGCUGACACCGCAAAGUACAGCGCUAGAGCAUCGACUGAUUGGCUCGGCAGUGUUCGCGGUCCUCAACGAAGCCUUUGCAGCCUCGACAAGCAAGUGAGGGCGAGUAUCCUGGGUGCCCUUGUCUUCCUCCAUCGCGCAUAGUCAUACCCUAACGUUGAAUUCAUUCUGGACUAGACCGUCUUUACAUCC